CAGUUGAUGUAGAGGAGGAAAGAGGUGUUCAGACAUCCGCUGAUACAGCCGUCGUGUGACGACCUAUUUUAAAUGUCAUCAUGGACUUUGACUACCAGCGCUUAAAAGAUGUUGAAAUCCUCAGGCGAGAAGAGCGAAUCAGCUGCCUGCCAAUCCAACCCCAAAAGCCUGUACCCCACCAGCAUGCUGCUCAAGACCCACCCACACGCCAGACUCCUCCAAUCAAACCCAGGCGGAGCUUAAAGGUUCCCAAAACCCUUCGUGAGGAGGUGGUGCUACCAGCCAAACAAACCAAUGGCCAGGAGAAUGAGAUAGUAGUGAAGAGGGUGUCUCCUGCUCUGACUCUGGGUGGCCCCGGGCCCCUGGAGCCCUUGUCCCCGUCCCUUCGGGCACACACCCUGCUGUGGUUUGAGAGGACACAGCUUCCCCGCCUGUGUCGGCCUGGUCGCCCAAUGCCCUGCUGGCUACACGGCUUCGCCACACGCAGGGAGGCAGAGGAGCUUCUAAAGGACAAGCAGCAGGGCUGUUUUCUGCUCAGGCUCAGCGAGUCAAAGAUUGGUUUUGUACUCUCGUACAGAGGAAUGGAUAGGUGCCGCCAUUUCAUCAUAGAGGAAGAAGAGGGUGGCAGAGGGGCGUGUUACCUCAUCGCUGGGGAGGAGAGUCGCCAUAGCAGCCUGCAGGAGCUGGUCAGCUAUUACACCCAGUAUCCCGUGGGGCCCUUCAAUGAGAUUCUCACCACGCCCUGUGACGAGUCCAGUGAAGCUUGUGAGGGUACAGUUAAACUGGGGUUGCAGGAUGAAGGUGGAGAGACAACGAAAGUGACCGAAAAGGAAGCCUCAUCAUAUGCACCCUCGGCUCCUGCCACUGUCCAUGUCCAAGAGAUAUUGGCCAGCUCAGCCCCUACAAACAACGGGACGCCAGAGUAUGCUGUGGUGAAGAAGGUGCUAAAAAAGUCCCUUUCUCAACCAGAAAACCAGCUUGGGGAACUGUUGGUGGUGACAAACCUGAUCCUCCCCGAAGAUGUGACAGAACCUGACGUUAGCUGUGCAGGAGCAUUUGGCGGGGGAGAGAACGCAUUCGACGCACUGUACACCCGGGUCAACAAGCCACCAAGCAUGCUUUCCCAUACAUCUCCCUACGUCAAUGUGGGCAAUCCUUCAGGCCAGGAGGCGACAGCGUCCUCCGUCCCUCUCAUGUACCGUGGUUCCACGGGGGACCCAAGCUACUGGAAGUUGGAGCCCCUGCACACCUACGAGGAAACCCCUCAUCUAAUUCAACGUGAAGAAGAGACAAAGGAACACAUCGACUUCUACGCCAUGGGGCGCUGGCGGGAUGCCGAGAGGACUAUAGGUGGGCGAGACCCCCAGCAUCACCUCUACUCAGAGGUGAACCUAAGAACAAGAGAGGCCCCCAGUCACAUCCCCCUUCCAGCCAGGACAGCCCCCAACCGGCCUUUACGACUGCCUCCCAGGCCUGUUAACUGCCCCCCUCAACAGGACGGAAGUGUGCAGCGAUGUGGAGAUCCCAUCUUGUCCUCUUCCCCAUUACGACCUGGAGUCUUUCUGACACCUUGUUCAGAACGACCUUUGACCCAAGACCCGAGCACCAGCAUCUAUGAACAGAUCCCAGAGAGGCCAACCAGCUCAAGGCCUCCGCUGCCUCCACCCAAUCCGACCACUCCUUACUAAGACCCUAUCAUACAACUCCCCUUGUAAACAAAAUAAACUAUAAACACCGAAGACCCUCUUUGCAAAUAUCCAGAAUUAAGCCGUACUUACUGUACACUUAAAUCAACUGAUCAAGUUAUAUGUUCUAUUUAACACAAGAGGCUAGAGACAGUCCUGAAUGUCAAUCUGUGUGCCAAAAAUGCAUCUACAGAAGUUGUGCUCUCAUUUUGUGUCCCGAUUUUGUGCCCACUACCCCACAAAGAUUGAGAAAUGUGUAAAAAUACAAGAAUCUCACUUGAUAAAACUCAGCUUGUUUAUUUCCCAAACAAGACAAAGUCCCACCCAGAACUACCUGGGAAACUAUUCACUUUUUUCUGUAGAAAUGACUAAGGGUUUCAAAACAAAUUAAUUACAAAAUAAAACAUAAGGCAAAAAGUUCAUAUCA